AAGUUUAGCUUCAAUGAGGAUGAGGAGGAGGAAGUGGGGAAGUUGGUGAGGAAGGGGGGGGAUCUAUUAAACAUCAUGGACCUCACAAGCGCACCAUGCAUAGAAGUUGCUGAGCUCUAUGGGUCAAGCGUUUUAAGUGAAGGAGUGGCCAUCCCCAAGAAGCCAAGGAAGAAGUCAAAGACUUCAACCAAGCAAGUGGAUGAGGGGAGAGAUGGGAAGGAGGUAAUGCCCACUACCUCAGCUGAGGCGGAGGAGGAGGUGCCACAGUUGAAGAGGAAGGGUUGGGAGGAGAGGAGGGCACUACAGAAGAAGAAGAAGGUGGUGGAGGAGGAGGAGGAGAGGGGGAGCGAGGUUCCCCAGUUUGUACCUCAGCCUCCUCUUGUUGAGUUGGACCUUGAGCUCAGACAGUUGGAGGAGGGGGCUGAGAGCGCGAGCUGGGUGAAUGGUCUAGCCCAAGAGUUCAUGGAUAGCGUGCUGAAUGAGCUGGUUCCAACUGUGAAACAGUUGGAGCAAGAGAGGGCUUCCCUGAGCACCAAGCUCGUCUUUGAGGAGAGCAAACGAAGGAUCUCUGAAAGCGAGCGUGAGACUCAGGUGAAGGAAAUAGUGUUGAUGAAGGAUGCUUUCAUGGAGCUAAAGGAGAAUGUGCAGAUGUUGGUGCACAAUGGGAUGAAGGAGCACAUCAGCAGCUUCAUUAGCUUCAGCUCGUUUGACAACAUUGUCAACUUGUACCGGCUGCCCACUGCCAUCAUUGCUUUCGCAGACUGUAAAAAGAAGGUGAAGGCUGAAUAUCCCGAAGUGGAUAUUACAAAGAUCACCUUUGGCAAGCAAGAAGAAGGAGUGGAGGAGAACGGUGAGAGCAUAUCAGCAGACUUCCGUCCUCAAAUCAAAUUGAGGUGGGAGCAUGAUGCAGAUGGACGUGCUGUGUUCCCUCCACAGUUUGACUUUGAGUUCGUUGUAGUGGAGGAAGAAGGGGCAGAGGUAGAGGAAGAUGAGGUGGAGGCAGGAGUGGAAGGGACUGAAGUGGGUGAGGGCCAACGAGUUCCCGAAGUGGAGAUUCAUCUUGUCCCUUUUGACAAUGAGCAGCUUCCUCUGCUAGACGAGCAGCAGCCAACACAGCCACCUCUUCCAGCUGAGCAGGAGCCAAUGGAUCCAUCUCCCCCAGUAGAGAAAUAAUUUUGUUUUUUAAUUUGUGUAAAACAUUUAAACAAUUUGUAAUACUAUUAUUACUUUGAAUGAAAAUUCAUUUUUGAA